AUGGCAGAUGAGCCUGGUACCCUCAAUUGGCGCCUCAGUGCCCAUCCCAUCACUCUCCUCACAUACCUAGGCUUCCGAAUAGGAAGUCUCCUCAUGUACCUCUUUGGGGUACUCUUCAUCCGCAACUUCGUCCUCGUCUUCAUCCUCACUCUCCUCCUAUUGUCCAUCGACUUCUACUACCUCAAGAACAUCGCCGGCCGUCGACUCGUGGGCCUUCGCUGGUGGAAUGAAGUCAACACUGCCACCGGUGACUCGCACUGGGUCUUUGAAUCAGCAGCGGGCACGGGCAGGGUGGAGAAUAAGACGGACAAGAGAUUCUUUUGGCUGAGCAUGUAUAUUGUGCCGGCAUUGUGGGUUGGACUUGCGAUUUUCGCGUUGGUGAGGUUGCAGGACUUGAUCUGGCUGGUCACAGUUGUAAUUGCGCUGAUCCUCACAAUCACCAACACUGUCGCCUUCUCGCGCUGCGACAAGUUCAGCCAAGCGUCGAAUUUCGCGGGAUCCGCCCUCUCGGGUUCUGGACUCGCCAGGAAUCUGGCGAGUAACGUGAUGGGACGGUUUUUCAAGUGA